CCGUCAGUAUACAUUUAUCUACAGUCGAAGUGACACGUCAAAAACAAAUAAUUUUAAUUUAAAUAAUAAUUAUUAUUAAUAACUCGUCGUAAUAAUUGCAUCCCAUUUUUAUUAUUUUUAUUUCUGGUUUUACGGUGAACGAACGCGACGCGACGGCUUGAAACUUGUUUGAGUGCAAGAUAAUUGGAAUACAGUUCAAGAAUACAAUGGCGCCAAAACUGUUUAUCGUCCUGUCAGUCCUGGCCGUGUCCUGCUUGGGACAACGAUCACCAUACGCUGGUAGAAGGCCCAUCGGCUACCCAGCAAUUUCCACUACCACCACCACCACAGAAGCUGGAGAUCUAGGAAACAGAUUCGGCGACAGCGCACCCAGUACCACCACAAUGCGUCUUCCAGUCGAAGCUCUAGGUGAUAGAGAUCUCGUCGACCGUCUGAGCAAGCUACCGAUAGACCAGCAACCGUUCUGGUUCAUCAAUUGGCAAGCCUUAGAAGCCCAGAGGAAGAACCCUCAAACUUACCCUCAAAGACCUAACGGAUUCGUCGACAUGUUCGCUCAGAUCAGACCAGAGUGGCAGUAAAUGGCAAAAUGAGUGAAUUUUUGAAUGACCCAUUGUUACAUCGUUUCGGUGGCACCAUCUUUUUAACUACCGUAAUUCCGGGCUCUUUCCCUAAAAAAUAUAGAGGGCACUGUAUAGAUUUGCCUUUGGUUAACCUUCUAUUUUCCUGGAUAACUGAUUAUAUUCUUUACUGCACUUCACAACUAGUAUCAUUACAGUCAAGAAAUUGACGUUAACAAGAGAGGACUUAACUCUAAGAGAGAUAUAGGAAAGUCCUAGUAUUUAAUAUCCAUCCUUUUAGAAAAAUAUACAAUUAUUUGCCAUCGAAAUUACGUAACAAACAAAACAAUACAAUAAUUCAUCGAAUACACCAGUACUGAAUACUAUUAGUAUUCUCACAAAAUACAUUGUAUGCAUUUACUUUAUUAAAUUUUGUAUUUUCUUACCGGAAAUGGAACCAAACUAGAAAAUUGUGCAAACGAUAUUGCAGAAUUUUACACAUUUUUUCUUAUAUAAGUACAUAACACUUUUAUGGACAUGACCACCGUUCAUUGACCUUUCAGUAGUAUUAUGACAUUGCUUGUUAUAUGUAUAGAAGUUGUGUCCGUGAAAGUGUUAAAUAAAUUAGCUUGAUACUAAUUCUGUUUUGGCCAAAGAGAAAUUAAAUCGUAAAUUAUUUUGUUAAUAAACUUGUAAAAGGCCAUAAAACAAGACUGAUAAUUUGUUAGUCAUUAGAUUUACAAGUCAAAUUCUAAAUUGGAAUGUGAAAUAAACUUGAAUUUACAUUAA